CUCCUUCCCCGAGAAGGAAGUCAGGAAGAAGAAUCCCCCUCCUGGCAAGCCAUGGCGCCGCUGCCGUGGGCAAGCCUCGACCAAGAGGCCCUCGGACGCAUCUUCCGCUCCCUCCCAUCCUUCACCGACCUCGCCUCCGCCUCGCAGGUCUGUAGGCACUGGCGCUCCGUCGCGCUGCUGAGGGAGAACCAGCCCCAGCCCGCGCUCCCCUGGCUCCUCAUGCCGUCCACGGCGAGCACCUCCCACUUCCGGCUCUUCGGACGGACUACCCACCACACGACCCCCCACGUCCCGGUAGGCGCGCGCUUCUGCGGCUCCUUCCCGGGCGGCUGGUUCGUCGUCGCGCUCCGCCAGGCGCCGCCAGGCGGGCGAUAUGCGCUGCUCAACCUCCAUUCCGGCGAACAAAUUGCCCUACCCGACAACAUGGGCGCGCCUGUGAAGAGCUCUACGGGAAUCCAGCACUACAGUAUAUACCCCGUGGUGGCCAUCCACGCCGCCGCCCUGUCCGCCGCGCCGACCCCCGACGGCGCCUACAUCGUCGCCGCCCUCACGUCCAGCCAGACCAACAUCGCGUUCUGGCGCCCGGGGAUGGCACAUUGGUCACCUCCGCUUCAUACAGAGGUGGACCGUCGCGCUUCAUGGGCCAACAAGAUGAUCCCCACGGCCACGGAGGACGGGUCCAUGGAGGACGUGGUGCACUACAGGCGCCGGGACCUCGAGCGCUUCUGCGUCCUCACGAGCACGGAGAGACUCUUUUUCUACGAACCGGUGAUCACCGCGGACGGCACGCUGACGAUGCGACGCACUGUCCGCAUCCGUAUGUUCCAGGCUGUCGGAUUGACGCCGGCAGGGUCCGGGGAGAUCGUCGCCCGCUACCUCGUGGUGUCCGGCGAGGAUCUGCUCAUCGUCAGGAGGUACGCCUCCUUGCCGGUCGCCCCGGACAGGAUAGGACUCCAUGUCUUCACGUUGCGAGAGGAGGGUCAGCCUCAGGAUUCAUGUCUCUGGCGCAACUGCUCUUCCUUGGACCUUCGAGGGAAGGUGCUCUUCCUCGGGCGCGGAUGCUCCAGGGCCUACACCUACACGACGGCGGUCCACAGGCACCCCGGCGGCUACAUCUACUUACUGGACGCCGAGAGAUUCCACGACUUGACAGCCGUCGACUACCGCUGCAGCGACACCGGCCGGUGCGACUACCGACGCUUCCUGCUUGAAAUCCGGCGGGUCUUGCCGCGAGGGCCCGCGUCCGACUGCUCGCCAUGGAUUUGGUUCUUCCAUUGAGCCAUGGCAGGACAGGGCGAGGCCGCAGAGUCGCCUGAUGCAAGCCACGGUACUACCUGUGCAAUCUUGGUUGUCUGCUUGGGUGAAUCACGGAGCAAUUAUGGGGAUUCCUGUUGAGAUUUAGCUUUUCAAUUCAUAGUGGGAAUGUGGAAUUUGAGACAUGAAAAUGGUAGCUGAGACAUGAACAAGUCGAUUUCUAGCCUUCUCAAAAAAGAAAAGAAAUAGUCGAUUUUAGUGUUUCGAGUACUA